UGCAUUUAUUCUGAAACUCCAAAAACAGGAAGGAGUUUUGCUUCCAGUCCACGGAUGCAGGGGUCCGUGCAGAUUUUUUUUCACCGUUGACCGGGCUGUUUAUGUCUCUACUGCACUGAGAUUGCCAAUGAGCUCCACUCGUCUCUCUCCCCGUCCGUCCGUGCGUGAAAACGCGAUGGUGGCAUCGGCGGUAAACGUGUGAGGAGAACGCUCCCGUGGUCCUCUUGCUGCACCGCACACUUCCUCAUGGAGCCCGGCAAUGACGACGCACUCGAUAUCAUCAUCACCAACGUGGUGGCCACCUUCAGGGUCCGGUGCCACCUCAACCUGCGCACCAUCGCCUUGGAGGGAACCAAUGUCAUCUAUAAGCCCGAAAUAGGGAAAGUGCUGAUGAAGCUUCGGAAACCCAAAAUCACAGCCUCGAUCUGGUCCUCGGGGAAAAUCAUCUGCACCGGAGCGACAAGUGAGGAUGACGCAAAGCUGGGUGCUCGCAGGUUAGCACGCGUUCUGCAGAAACUGGGCUUCAAGGUGAGGUUUUCCGCCUUCAAAGUGGUGAACGUCCUGGCCGUGUGCUCCAUGCCGUUUGGGAUCCAACUUGUAGACUUUACAAUAAAAAACCGACCCAUUGCCAGCUACGAACCAGAGCUCCAUCCGGCUGCCACGUACAGGAUCAAACACAUAAAGGCCACGGUCCAGGUGUUCUCCACUGGCAGCAUCACAGUCACAGGACCAAAUGUGCAGAACGUGGCCACGGCCGUCGAGCAGAUUUACCCGCUGCUGUUCGAGUGUCGGAAGCCGAAAGCCCUCUGCAAAUAAAAUCAAGAGUCAAAAGAAAGCGGCAACGAAGGAAAGAGAAGGCGCCAGUGUGUUCGUCCCGAGUGAGGAAGCCUUCGGAUUUGCCCGCUCGAUUUUAUGGCCGGGGCGGCGGCGGUGGCGGCAACCGACUUCCAACACGAUCAACGCCGGCCCGGAUUUUAAAGAGAAUCUUCAACGAUGCCGGUUGGAGUUUUAAAAUGUUAAUAAAAGACGCUAUUGUUCUUCUUGGGGAUUUUAAAGAGACGAAACUCGCGAGUACUUUGUUGGACGUCACACCUGUCGGGGGAUGCUGGUCGGCCCAAAAAAACGCUGGCGCACAGCAGGGCGGAGGCAUCGCCUGUGUGUUUUUUUUAAUUUUUUUUUUUUAAAUUCCUUUGAAAGUCUUCACCAUUUCAGCGCUCAGCGGUUUCGAUUUGGUUCUGUUCGGUUCUGACCCUCCUCCUCAUGCCAGACGCCGUCACACCCGCCCGCCCGCCCGCCCCCCCCCCUCCAGGAGCCUCUCCGUCCACGGGCACGAAGCUUUGGCCAGAGAAAAGGCAGCAGUCCAACCGCAGACAAAGUCCUCACUGUCCCCACGUGUACUGUUAAGUGAGCACGUGUCCUCGUGCAGGCGGACGUGUCCACCCGCGGCACACGCGCGUCCGAUUGGAACCGCUGGUUUCUCACAUUUCCUUCCAUAGUUUGGUUAGUUUGCUGUAAAUGUGUCUCUUAUUUAAUUUUCUUGUCAAUUCCUAACAAUAGUUUUCAACAUACUUAAAAGAUGAAUUUUGGUUUUUCUAGGCUGGACAGACACCCAGGACAUCGCUGUCCUAAAGGUUUCUUUUUUAACGGAAUGAAAACAUUCAAAGGGUUUAAGGGGUAUUUCAUGUUUCAGGUGGUGUGUUGAGCCGCUGAUCCCUGACUUAAGCCAGCUGCUGGCUGCUGGAUUAUCCAGAUGCCGUGUUAAGUGGACACUGGACACCCGUCAGUAGCUAGUUAGUCCCAGGCUAAAGUUGGGAUGAGGCGAGUUACGGCAUUGAGAAUUAUCGCUGGGAAUAAAGUUAUCCACGCUCAUGGAAAUUGCCGCAUAGGAACAGAAACAGAAAAAGGACGGUAAAGGUUUCAGCAGAGAACUCAAAAAUAACUGGAAUGAAUAAUGCAGCCGUUAAAUGAAGUGACACACAGUUUAAUGGCCGUUCAUUCAGCGCUGUCCCCUGUAAGGAGGCUUGGCGCUGCAUUCAUUUGAGUUUUUCUGAAGGAACAUAAAACCGUACGCAGUGUUCAAAGAGCCCGUGUUUAGAGUAUUAGCCAAGGAAAAGAAACGUCAUAGAUUAUAAUUUACCGAAACAGAAAUUUAGUGUUUUUAAAUGUAAAAAAAACCUCAUGACAGGCAACGUAGAUGUGUUGGAUCUGAAAGGCGUUGAUUAAAACGCGGUGUCUUAAGUAUGCGGGAUGGACUUUUUGAACCUGUGUGAACUGAGCAUUUGCGCCAUUUGUUCAGAAUUUUGUAUUUUGUAUAAAAAUAAAGGUUCACGGUAAAACGCCA